CCUUUGUCUGAGUCCGUUUCGGUCCUCCGCCUAGUUAUUUAUUUAUUCCUUUUCAUUUGUGGGGUAUAUUUUCAUAUAUCCAUAUAUCUCGGUUAUUGAAUGACAUUCGAUUCUGACACAUAUAUGCCUAAAAGCAAAGCCCCCAAAAUGGAUGAUCUGGACUACAUCCCAGCGGACCUGAGCCCAGAGGAGCGCUCUGAGCUGGAGGAGAUCCGGCGCAGGAAGGGAGCUCUUCUUCUCGAGAUCCAGAGACUGAAAGAAGAGCUGAGAGAAGCGAUUAUAGAGGUGGAGGGGCUGGAGACCAGCACAGAGGGCAGUAAAACUUUACAGAAGAGUCGACAUGUGGCCAUGGGGAGGAAAAAAUUCAACAUGGACCCGAAAAAGGGCAUUGUAUUCCUAGUGGAGAAUGAGCUGCUCAGACGCACUCCAGAGGACAUUGCUCAGUUUCUGUACAAAGGAGAAGGACUCAAUAAAACUGCAAUUGGAGACUAUCUCGGUGAAAGAGAUGACUUCAAUAUUAAAGUAUUGCAGGCCUUUGUUGAUCUUCAUGAAUUCACAGAUCUGAACCUGGUUCAAGCACUUCGGCAAUUUCUGUGGAGUUUCCGGUUGCCAGGCGAGGCUCAGAAAAUUGACAGAAUGAUGGAGGCGUUUGCUCAGAGAUACUGCCACUGCAAUCCUGGAGUCUUCCAGAGCACAGACACCUGUUACGUGCUGUCAUUUGCAAUCAUCAUGUUAAACACUAGUCUGCACAACCCAAACGUGCGGGACAAGCCCACAGUGGAGCGCUUCAUCAGCAUGAACAGAGGCAUCAACGAUGGAGGAGAUUUACCAGAGGAGCUGCUUAGAAAUCUGUAUGACAGCAUCAAGAACGAGCCCUUUAAGAUCCCAGAGGAUGAUGGGAAUGACCUGACACACACUUUCUUCAACCCUGACAGAGAGGGCUGGCUCCUCAAACUGGGAGGUCGCGUGAAAACAUGGAAGAGACGGUGGUUUAUUCUGACAGAUAACUGCCUUUAUUACUUUGAGUACACGACAGAUAAGGAGCCCAGGGGCAUCAUUCCAUUGGAGAACCUGAGUAUCCGUGAGGUUGAAGAUCCCAGGAAGCCAAACUGUUUUGAGCUGUACAUCCCUAAUAACCGUGGGCAGCUGAUUAAAGCGUGUAAGACUGAAGCUGACGGGAGAGUGGUGGAGGGAAAUCACAUGGUAUACCGGAUCUCAGCCCCCACUCCAGAGGAGAAGGACGAGUGGAUCCACAGCAUCAAGUCUGCUGUGAGUGUGGACCCCUUCUACGAGAUGCUUGCAGCCAGGAAGAAACGUAUUUCCCUCAAGAAAAAGGAAGAGCAACAGUGAAACAUCUUCACUCCUCCUUUAUUUUUCCAUCCUUCACUCCAGCAGAUGACAAAACUCCCUCCAUUCUGAAACACUUCCCUGUUUCAUUGAGGUAGCUGUUGUCCCAUCAUCAGAAGGAUUAGUUUUGCUGGUUUUAAGGAGAGAUGGAUGUCGUUAGGAAUCCGAUCUUCUUGGUUCUGGAUUCAGCUGGUAUUCAUAUCACACUAGUCUGUACAGACCCCCAUACUACAGUAUGUUAUGCUGACAUUCCAUAGGGUUGUACCUACAAACAUAACAUUCAGACAGCUGCACACAUCUCCAUCCUGCUUCCCUAAAGGAAUAGUUCAACUAAAAAUGAAAAUUCAGUCAUUAUUUACUCCCCCUCGUGUUAAAUAAAAAACCCAUAUGCGGUUAUUUUUUCAAUGGAACACAAAAGUAAACAUUUUUGAAGAAUAUGCAUCUCUGUUCUAAUGGCAUUUCUUAGUGAUCAUGUCUACCAAUCUCCUGAAUGGACAUUAAACAUAAAAAAAAGCAACCAUAAAAGUAGUCCAUAUGGCUGAUGCACUAUAUUGAAAGUCUUCUGCAGUCAUACAAUAGCUUUGUGUGAACAACAGACCAAAAUUGAAGUUAAUGUAUGAUAUUCGCAAUAAAAAAAAAUGGUAAAGCACAAUCGGUUUCUACACACAUGCCAUUUGGGCGUCAUUGAUGUAGGUUUUUCUUGGUUUUCUUUUCUUUUGUCUUCUUUGGAGCUUGAGAGCCGUGGUUGCUAUCAACUGACAUUACAGUAAGAACAGCAUUUUAACUGUCUGGAACAAGAACGAGUUUUCAUUUUUGGGUAAACAAUUCAUUUAACCCUUUAGCAAGACACUGGCUUUCGUUGUUCAUCUCCAGCUCACUACUACUUACCCACUACAUUCCUAUUCUGCACACUUCCUCACCUCAUCAUUAGUUCAUUACUUACUUUCACCAUUUUAACAUUGUACUUCCUCAGUUACCUCUCUCUCCACUACCGAUCUCACAUUUGGUGGCUUCUGACCACCACUCUUGCUAUUUACAGCAUUGUACUGUGAAGUUCUUAAACAUUACAGGGUAGACGACCACACAGCCUGAUGUAUUCUUCAUCAUUACCAUAAUCAGGAACAGAUCUAACAGCCUGUAGCUGAGUUGAGCUUCUCUAGCUUUGUAGACCGUGUUACUGAUCUUUUAGGAGGUUUCACUCAUGCUAAGGUUUUUGUUAGUCUUGUCUAUUUUGCCUGUCUUAGCGUUUAUUUGUCUAAACUGACACUAUUAUCUCUUAUUUACUUGAGUUUAUGUACGUGUUCUAAAUGAAGUUGAAAGUGAAGGUCAUUGCUAUUUAUACCACAUAUCAAUCUGAGAGUGAAAAACAUUAAUAUAUAUUGAUUUAAGCAUAUCCUAUCCGUUUACCUGAGUUACGCAUCACUUGAAGCAUCCAGUUCACUUUUAAAGUGUUCUGGAGCAUAUCAUGAUUUUCUGUUAAAACGAAUAUAAUUAUAUUCUAUUUGUCAAUUGGGUGGUGUAUCGGUAUGUGAGCUAAAAUGUUCCCUAGGAUGAAAAGCAAUGCUGGUGAACUUUAUCCAUCAAGAUAUCUGUAGAAACUCACCUCAUUAAAUAAGCUCCUCCACAUUUAAAAAAAGAAAAAGGCCUAGAAAUAUAGGCCUUAAAAUUCACCACAGCCCUGUUUCUGAAUGUUCUUGCUAGUGUUUGACCUAAAAGUAGGUUUAAACUUUCACUUUGAUAACUCGACCACUGGGGCUACAAAACUGUACUGGGGGGAAUCUUACAGAAACAUGUCCAGGCCAAAUUUGAGGUCAACCACAUAGUUGAAAGUUAAAUAAAAAAAUAAGAUAAAAAAAGGUUUUGCAUAAAGAAAAUGAAGCCUACCUGAAAUCGAUAAAUCUUUUUGCAGUACAACUAGAGGUCGACCAAUAGUGGGUUUUGCUGUUACCGAUAAUUAAGAUGGGAAAACAGACCGGUAGCCGAUUAAUUGGCCGAUAGUUUUAAAAAUGUAUAAUAUGAAUUAAACCUUUCCACUCAGUGUACAAUAGUGCUGAACUUUAGUAAGUAUUACUUUCCAUGGCGAUACUUUAAUACAUUUCUCCCACACUGUUACCUUCUUCAAAUGCCAUAUGAAAAUAAUGACAAUAUUACAGGUCAAAUGUGUUUGUAGUUCAGCAGUAACAUUAAACACUGCCUUACAAAGCCAAAUAGCAACUGUAUACUUCAUAACUACUGAUAAUAUGUAUUAUAUUAUUUUAUUGUCAUAUUAAAUCUAUAAAUGAUGUACAAGAAAUGGAGGAAGAAAAAGAGAUAGAAAUAAAAUCAACUUUUUAAAGGUCAUUUUAGAAAGGCAUUGUCUAGAGUAUAUGUGCCCUCACAUUGUAUUACAUAACAAAUAUUUCAGAUUUCAGAAGUGUUUUGUACAUAACUACGUCAUAAAAUUAUGAAGUUUGGACUGAAGUUCAUUUUGUCAGACUUUACUGUCAAAAAACUUUAAAACGGAAAACUUUAAAACCGUUCCUGUGCUUGCGCUUGGUCUUCUGAAGCAGACGAACGGCCGAGCAAAAACAAAACUCAGGCAGCAUAUUCAUGUAAGGUUGGAAUUAAUGAUGGAUUUACUACUGAUAAUUAACUUUUAAAUUCACUUAGAAAAAAAAAACCUCUUCGGAGUGCUCAUGUUUAUAAUCUGACUGGAACAAAUUGGACGCCCUCAACCCCAGAAAACAAAAUUCAGCGGAUCUGCACAAAUUCAUAAUUGAUUUUUUUAUUCAAAACAGCAUAUUAAAUGGAAAGGUAAGCAGUUUCCAUCCUUGACUUAACAUCGUUCUAACCAUUCGAACAGCUAAUGUCCGUUGGCAAUGCAAUUCUCUAGUACAGCAAAUAGUUAUACACAAAUAAUUAAUAAACCACCUUUAGUCUUGAAUGACUGAUUUAUCGUACCAUGACAAUCAUAAUAACGUGUAUUGUAUACUUGCCGUGUUUUAAACCGGUGUUUGAAGCAUCCAUCUCUAUAAAUAGCCUAGUCACCUUGCACAACAAACUCCACGCGGAGUCAGUGAUUGUUUUUUAUUUAACCUCUAGAGGGUGCCAUUGUACUGUAGAAACCAGGAGUUCAGAUUGUAGAACCCUCCAUCGCCGGCCAUGGAGAAAUUAGUUGAUUUUUUCCGAUAGCUGAUAGUUAAAAACGCAUCUAUUGGCCCCAAUAUAUCGGUCGACCUCUAAAUACAACAUAAUUUUACUGACAAUUAAGCACAUUUCCCCCGAAAAUCACAUUAACAUUAUUUAUUUAGAUGUUCAACUUUUUUUUUUUUAAUAUGCAUUAUAUUUUUCUGUAAAAAAAAAAACUAUGCUAUAUAUAUAUAUAUCUCAGCAUUGUUGUGUUUUUUUUUUUUUUUUUUUUUUUUUUUUUUUCCAUUACUGAAAUGAGAAUUGGUCCUAAAACAAAGUUUUGUUUGUUUAUUUGUUUGUUUUCCCCCAUUACUGAAAUUAGAAUUGGGCCCUAAAAAUAAUGUUUACAUUUUCUUUAAGCAAGAUAAAUCUUCUUAUGUCUGUCUUUUUAUUUUGGGGUGACAUUUUACUGGACAUGUUUGUGAUUUCAUGAGAUUCCCCCUCUUACCCUUUGCUAUUACAAACAACAACACUCGAUGCUGUUAAAAUCUUUCAGAAUGUGUGCUUGCUAGGUCAGAUAAAGAAUUUAUUGCUGCUGUGUAUCCCAUGAAGAAGACAUUUAAAAAGGUGUUUUUUUUUAUUAUUAUUAUUAUUAUAACUGAUCUGCAAUAUGUGCCAGACGUAGCAAUGACCUGUAUUUCUGUUUGUGUGAAACACUAGUUAACUCCCUCUUACUCAGUGCUGUUUGAAGGAGUUUCAUGGCAGCUUAUUUCAAUGUACUUUAUUUUAUUUUUUGCCUUUUUCUGUUUGUAAAUAUUUGUUGUUAUGUUUGUUUACAAUGCAAAUAGAUAGAAUUUUAUUUAUUGUUUUCUUUUUCUUUUUUCUUUUUUUUGUAAAGAAAUAAGGAUCAGGGUUGCAUGUUGUACUGAAUCGAAGCAUCUUUUGUAAACGGUGAAUCUAAUGUCAAGGUUUCGGGCAUGCAAGGUGACUAUUAGCAUUCCGUAAUUCUAAUUCAUACAUGGCCCUGCUAGUCAACAAAUUGGCAUUGCAGUUAAUAUGCAGUCUAGACGCAAGCAUUAAGUAACAAAACGUGUACUAAUCAAAACAAAUAUUUUUUUUUAAAUGCAGACGAUAAUACGGAACACUAAUAGCACUCUGGAAUCCAACAUAAUAGCCGCUCUAUUAGCCUACUAAUAAUGGAAAAUGUUAUUAAUGAGAACUGUUAACAGUGCAUUUUGCUUCACUUUUGUGAUUUUUCCCGAUUAGUAUAAAGCUUUGUUAUAGUAAUGGAUGUCUUUAUGACAUUUACUACUUUGGAGUUAGAAUCCGUGUUUAUGGCACUUUAGUAGAGUUCAGCACAGUUCAGAAGCCCUCCUUGUGUAUGCAGUAUGAUUUACUCUCUAGAAUUAGUACUGAAGUUCUUAACUGGUUUAAGCUUUGCUACACAUGUUAAAGGUACUAGUACAAAGCACCCAUAUCAGAUAAUUUGAAGUUAAUAUGCUUCAUGUUGUGUUGUAUGUUAGGGGCCAUAUAUGAGCUAUAAGAUGACUUACCUAAAGGGGCUCCUGGUGUUAAAUUGCAUCAACUGUUGACUGCAACAGUACAUUCCUAGUUAUGAUAUAAGCUAUGUGUUUAAACUAAUAGUUUGGGCAUGACAUGGUCUAAUGAAGACAGAAGAAUGACUCUAAAUGACUUGAAUAUAUUUUGAAAUCUAAAUCUGGACUUUCUUAAUAAAAAGUGCAAAGGUGCCAAAGCCUUUUAGCUAGUCAAUAGGAAAAUAGCAGAACAAGUGAAAGCAUUUCUUCCUCAUCUAUUCUUUCUCCCUGUUUCUGAUUGGACACAGAAAGUUACAUAUGGUUGGAAUAUGCUUCAUGUAGCAAAAUGAAGACUCAGUUAUGGUACACUGAUGCCAGUCAGCUCUAAUAAACAAAAAGAUCGCAAAACGACA